AUGACAACCGUCGAAACCCAACUCCAAGGAGUGGCCAUCCUCGGAACAGUCAACAAUGAGCACCGCAAGAUCCUGACCAAAGAGGCCGUGGCAUUCCUGGCCCUCUUGCACCGCACGUUCAACAACACUCGUAAAGCGCUUCUCGAGCGACGGGUCAUUCGCCAGGCCGAGAUUGACAAGGGCCAUCUGCUCGAUUUCCUGCCAGAAACAAAACACAUCCGUGAAAACGAUGCCUGGAAAGGCGCCCCUCCAGCUCCGGGUCUGGUCGACCGCCGUGUCGAAAUCACAGGGCCGACAGACCGGAAGAUGGUGGUGAAUGCGCUGAAUUCAGAUGUGUGGACUUACAUGGCUGAUUUUGAGGAUUCAUCGGCGCCAACUUGGGAAAACAUGAUCAAUGGUCAAGUCAACCUCUACGAUGCCAUUCGCCGCCAAGUCGAUUUCAAACAGGGCAACAAGGAAUACAAACUACGUACAGAUCGAACUCUCCCAACACUGAUUGCUCGUGCUCGAGGCUGGCACCUCGAGGAGAAGCACUUCACCGUUGAUGGCGAGCCCAUCUCCGGUUCGCUCUUCGAUUUUGGUCUAUAUUUCUUUCACAAUGCCCGCGAGCUCGUUAGCCGAGGCACCGGCCCCUAUUUCUACCUGCCCAAGAUGGAGUCUCAUCUCGAGGCUCGACUGUGGAACGAUGCCUUCAAUCUGGCGCAGGACUACAUUGGCCUGCCACGCGGAACAAUCCGUGCCACAGUCCUGAUUGAGACCAUCACUGCUGCUUUUGAGAUGGACGAGAUUAUCUAUGAGCUCCGAGAUCACAGCUCUGGUCUUAACUGUGGUCGCUGGGACUAUAUCUUCUCUUUCAUCAAGAAAUUCCGCCAGAAUGCCAACUUUGUCCUCCCCGACCGCUCGGCGGUUACCAUGACUGUUCCAUUCAUGGAUGCUUAUGUUCGCCUCCUCAUCAAGACCUGCCACCGACGAGGAGUUCACGCAAUGGGUGGCAUGGCAGCGCAAAUCCCCAUCAAAGACGACCCCAAGGCCAACGACGUCGCCAUGGAGAACGUCCGUAAAGACAAGCUCCGCGAAGUGCGUGCCGGGCAUGACGGCACCUGGGUAGCCCACCCAGCAUUGGCCGGCAUUGCAUCAGAAAUCUUCAACAAGCACAUGCCUACACCCAACCAACUAUUCAACCGCCGGGAAGACGUUAAUGUCACUGCCAACGACCUCCUCAACACCAAUGUCCCUGGUUCUAUUUCCGAAGACGGUAUUCGGAAGAACCUUAACAUUGGACUUGGCUAUAUGGAGGGAUGGCUGCGGGGCGUUGGCUGCAUCCCAAUCAACUAUCUUAUGGAAGACGCAGCCACGGCAGAGGUAUCCCGUAGUCAACUGUGGCAGUGGGUUCGACACAACGUCACCACAGCCGAGGGCAAACGCAUCGACAAGGCAUACGCGCUACGCCUGCUCCAGGAGCAAGCAGAGUCAUUGACACAGAAGGCGCCCAAGGGCAACAAAUACCAACUUGCAGCCAGAUAUUUCGCGACCCAGGUCACGGGUGAAGACUAUGCGGACUUUUUGACCUCGCUGUUGUAUAAUGAGAUUUCGUCGCCGGGGAAUGCUGCUAAGCUAUGA